UAACGGACAAUAUUCUCCGCGAAAGUUUUGAGAUUAUAUCCCCGUUUUAAUAAACGGUAACGUUAGCGAAAAGAGCUACUUAAGAAAAAAGCUACAUAGCGUAGUGCCUACGGAUGUAGUCAUGCUCACGUCUUCUCUUCAAAAUAAAAUCCCCAGCUUUGUCGCCACAGGACAACUGUUGAAACUAGAAACCCAAAUGUUUGUCUACCACAUCGACCCCAGUGGCUCCGCGAGGUGCUGAUUUUCUCUGUGAAUAUUUGUAUCGUCUGUGCUUCGCAAAGAUGAACGACAACCGUCGAUUGAGUGACAUUGUAAAAGAUUAAAAGUAUUUAGUUCCGACAUUCCCCGCCGCUACUCUGAAAGUUAAUCCGCGAGACCGGAAGUUGCAGUGCUAAAACACGGCGACACAUUGACGGUUUGUUGUUGUUAGCCACGUUUCUAUCGCGAGUUAACGACCUGUUGACGUUUUAACAUUGUGCGCUGCAAUUGUUGCUCGUGGGCGGCAGUUAUCCACGGCCGGAACCAACAAAGGCAGGCGUUUUCACGUUGCAGUUCAGCAUUACUCGCCGACUAACGGCGCGCCAGUCUGCUGGCUAGCGGUAGCAUUUAGCCAUGUCCUCGGAUUAGCUGCUCUGCUGUCCGUGUCCAGGCGACCCGCAUGAAGUCAGGAUGUCCGGCGAUCUCGCUGGUCUGUGGGAGGUGGCGCUGAGCGACGGGGUCCACAGGAUCGAGUUCGAACACGGCACGACCACGGGGAAGAGGGUCAUCUUCGUCGACGGAAAGGAGAUCCUGAGACGGGACUGGAUGUUCAAACUCGUGGGCAAGGAGACGUUCAGCGUGGGCAAGUCCGACACCAAGGCGACCAUCAACAUAGAUGCCGUGAGCGGGUUUGCCUACGAGUACACGCUGGAGAUCAACGGGAAGAGCCUGAAGAAGUACAUGGAGAACCGGUCGAAGGUCACCAGCACCUGGGUGCUCAACUUGGACGGCACCGACUGCAGGGUGGUCCUGGAGAAAGACACUAUGGAUGUUUGGUGUAAUGGACAAAACAUUGAAACUGCAGGCGAGUUCGUGGACGAUGGCACGGAGACACAUUUCACACUCGGAGACCACAACUGCUGUGUGAAGGCCGUGAGCAGCGGGAAGAGACGAGACGGCAUCAUUCACACGCUGCUGGUGGACGGCACAAUGAUCGCCGAGUGCACCGAGUGACCCGUGUCCACAUCUGUACGAAAAGCCAGGUCUGGUCCGUAAAACGGUGACUCUUAGCAUCUGGAACACUGAGGGGGAGACAGGACCUCAUGUCUGCAGUUAGACAUUAUAGGAGAGGUUACAGCCAAAUCUCAAUCACAAAUGGGCAUUUACUGUCUCAGAAAUGUAACCUCAAACGGAAAAGCGUUUUUGUUUCUUUGAGUAGUAAACUGCUUUAUAUUUAUAUCAAUACUAUCAAUUUAUGUAAUAUCAAAAGUGGAGGCCAGAAAUGCCAUACUACUCUCACUCCACCUGGCUCACAUUGCCCUCCGGUCGUUAACAGAUCUACUGUACCUGUACUCAACCUGCUCUCACUUCUUGCUUUCUUGUAUUUUGUCAUUAUCGCAAAACGUAGGCUAAACAUCAGGGGGACAAGAUUAUUCCUUCAACGCAGCAUCAUUCCAGCAUGCACUGCCCUGGGGCCUGUGCGACGAAGCGAGUUCAACAUUCCCAGGAUGUGUUUUCGUUAUCUAGGUUUGACUUAGCCUCACAUUGACCACCCUGUAUAACUUGUACUACGAAGCUGGAUAUCAACUGUCUCGGUCAACCCUGGGGGUUUUUCCUGUCCCGUUAUGAGCGCGUUCAUGCGGAAGAGGCGGGGUCGUUACUUACAAACGCUGCUUCGUAGCGCAGGCCUCUGGAGUGAUAUCUCUUUAAUCCAACGUUGAGGUGUUGAAUCCUUCUUUGUUUGACUGGUUCAGCCGCAGGGUUUUUGCAGUAAUAUGUUUUUAUAAUAUGUUUGGAGCUUUUAGCAGAUCACUGUGAAAACAUCCUAGCGAACAUUGUCUACAGUUGAAUGGCUGUGAGUUUCAUAGACAAUCAUUCAGAUGUCAGUGACGAAUCGUGUACAGGAUGUCCUUUGAGACUUCACGUUGUCCUUAGAGAUGUGUGGAGUUCUGCCGUCAAAUCAUUUGUUUUUGGGGAUUUUUUAUUUUUUAACUGUAAAGGCCAAAUGUUGUGCAUACAGAAUUUAAGCUCAAUGUUUUGACCUGUUUUAAAAAUGUUGUAAAUGUAACUUCACCAUAUAAAGCACACUAGUUUUGUUGUCUUGACCAUUAAUAUUAACAGUAAAAGAAACACGGACAGUAAAAGAUUUUUUUAGGGUUAGGGUUUUUAUUUCAUGCCCAUCGCUGAUUUCUAACAGCUGUCACUGUACCAUUAAGAAUGUGAGACUUCAUUUCAAGUGUUAUUGUAUAUGUCCUGUAUGAAAGGCCUAAUGUUAAUGUGUAAUCGGUUUUGUUUACUGUCACAGUACAUGUUUGUGAGCAGUAAAUUGUACUUAAAUUUCAUCAAAGCCGUACUGUAGAGCCGAUCAGGUUUUUUGUUGACCUCGAUGAAACGAUCCUUGAAUAAAAAUAUAAAUUAUUAGUAAGAAAAAACUGUCAUGAUUUGUGUUUAGACAAGCAACUUAUUCCCCACUUCUCUAAAUGAGUUGUCAAAACAAACCAUCUAGAGUCUUUGCAAACAAAGACGACUUCAAAUCAUUUUUUAUUCACUUGGUUUAAUUUUGACAUAACUCUCAGGCACAGGCCCUCGGUGCUCCAUCCCAAUAUUAUCUGUGUCCUUUUCAUCACGAUAGUUCAAGUACAUCCCUUACCACCAACCACAGCUUCUCACCUGUCAUAUGAUUGAUUAUAUAAUACUCUUUCUAUAAACUACUUGAAAUAAGUCUUAAGCAAAGUAAAAUUAAGCAAAACAAAAAAAA